AUGGAGAUUCUGAUCUAUCGGAGCCUACUAAAACUCCAUUUCAACCUGUCACGCAUUCUUUUUUUGGCUGAAUUAGGAAUCUCGGCUGAAAACGGGCAAGUCUAUCUUCGUCUCACUGGUCUCCUGCGGGGUUCACCUCUUAUUUUGACCGAGUCUUUGCGCCAUUCUCUCCCUUCAAAUUCAGAAAACAAGCAAAAUCCUCAUACAUAUACUACGCAAAAUGAUGUUGAGGAUGCCCCUGGCUGCUACAUUCAUUUGCCUGGUUGGGGCGACUUUCAAUUGGCUUCCGCUUUUUGGAGUUCUCUUUCGAGUAUAGAAAACCAGCAGCAGUCGCCGGAGAUGCCUCCAUUUUGGCGCCGUCCAACAGAGGCAGAUAAACGAGAGGCUGAGGAAGCUUUGGCAGCAGAUUAC